AUUUAAUAAAAGCUUUCUUUUGUCAAUAAACCUUAUUUUAGUGUCAAAAUGCUAGAUGGCAGCACCACUCACACUACUUUUGACUGAUGAGAAAAUUGAGGUUAUGCAAUAGGUCUGUUUAUGUUUACAUUUCAUUUUAAAAAAUUAUUUAAUUUAUUUUUUAAAAUUUCAAAAGUUUAAAGUCCAUCCUCAUCAUGACAACACUUUCUUGACGUAAUAAAUCGUACCUUUAUGAUUUUUAAAUCGUGUCUUUCGUUUUUAAGUGACGGAAAAUUAUGUCGCUGCAAAUCGUUGUGCGUUUUUGUUUGGAAAACGAGGUCCUUUUCAGUUUCCAAAGGCAAAUUUAACAGUAAAUUAUUGUUGAAUAAUAAGUUUGAGCCAGCAAAGUUAAAAAUGACUGCAAAUCAUAGUAUUUUUAAUGGAAAAGAGGAUAGAUUUGAAGGUAUUACAGUUUUUUCUGAUGUGGAGCCUUGUGAAAAUACUGAAUUUGUUGAGAAACUAAAAGCUUCCUUGGACUCUUGGAGAUCGUCCAAAAAACGAGGCAUUUGGUUCAAAGUGCACCUGAACCAAUGCGACUGGGUACCUGUCCUAAUAAAAAAUGGUUUCAAAUACCACCACGCCAAAGAAGACUACGUAAUGCUUUACUUAUGGCUACCCACUCAAGAGUCCAACAACAUACCAAACUACGCUCACACAAUGGUCGGAGUUGGAGCUGUGGUAGUCAACAACAAAGGCCAAGUUUUGGUUGUCAAAGAAAAAUACUUUUACAAACAAUCUAUGUGGAAAUUGCCUGGAGGUUACGUAGAACCUGGUGAAAAUCUUGUAGACGCCGCAAUUCGUGAAGUUUGGGAAGAAACUGGUAUCAAAUCCGAGUUCCAGUCUUUACUAACUCUCAGACAAACUCAUCAUGGCAUGUUCAAUUGCUCUGACAUUUAUGUAGUUGUUAAUUUGAAGCCUUUGGCUGAAGAUAUUGAAAAAUGUGAACGUGAAAUAGCUGAGUGUGAAUGGAUGAGUAUUGAAGAUUAUUUGAAGCAUCCGCAAGUGCACGAGUUGAAUAGAUUUUUCGUUAGUAAUUUUUUACAUCAGAGAAAGCAUAAUUUGAAGAUUCAUUGUCAGCAUGGGAUUCAUCAGGUUAUGCAAAAACCUUAUACUGUUUAUUCGGUACAGAAAAAUAAUAAUGAUGUUCAAGAGCCAAUAUAAGUUAGAAUUUGUAUUUGAAAUAAAGAUGUUUUAUUGAUUAAUGUUGAA